AUGUUAAAUGGCGAACCCUUCUAUGUCACAUCUAACCUCCAUUCUACACUUCUUGCCAUUCGACGUAACGAUGUCACCUCACGACUUUGCAUAGACGCAAUCGGUAUUGAUCAAAACGAUAAUACCGAAAAAGAGCAACAGCUAAGGAUCAUGCAUCAAAUUUACAAAUGUGCCACCAAUGUGCGCAUCUGGCUCGGGAAUGAUGAUCAAUCUGUUGAUAUAAGUGCUGGCUUAGCACUUAUAUCUCAUUGUCUUACAAAGUUUGAACAAGUGCGCGGGCGGAGGUAUUCAAAGCUUGAGAGCGACUGGGAUAUUUUGCAUUUCACUUCGUGGAAUAAGGUUAAAUGGCGAGUUUUAUUUGGGGUACUUAGAGAAGUCAUCUCUGGAAAGGCAACGAAUUUGACAAUGGAAACAAUAGGAGCAAAAUAUCUCAAGGAAGGCGAGAAGGACCUUAUCGUACAAAAAAUCGACUGGCACACUGCGCCUAAAUACAGUUUCCGAUCUUGGAUAAUCCAGGAAAUGGUGCUCUCUUCCAACCGAUCGAUAUUUGUAGGCGAUUACGACAUAACCGAUAUCCUUCGCUUUGUUCAACUACUCUAUGCAACUCCUAAAAUCCAGAGGGAGCUUCCUUCUGAAUGUCGCAUCGAGCCAGAGGUUACAUGGCGAAUCCACCACCUAAUCGAGAUUAUUAUAGAAUACAAUGGAGCUUUAGAUCUUGUAAAGCUUUUAGCUACCUUUAGGGAGAAAGGUUCCAAAAAUGCCAGAGGACCAGAUAUACAGUCUAUUAGGAUUUACAAGAUCGAUUACAGACAAUCGAUCCAGAAGCUGUGCACUGACACGACAAAAUACGUAUUGGUGCAAGAUAAUAACUUGGACGUUCUCCGAAUGGUUAACACACAUGCGAAGCCGAUAAAGGAAGAACAAUGGCCGUCAUGGGUGCCAGAUUUCGCGUCACCCCUACCUGGAUUAGGAGAGCCGAAAAGUUCCUAUUGGAUGUUACCACCAGCAGAUGCAUCGCGUACAAGGUUACCUGGGGAGAAGAGGGCCGUUCAUACUGAAAAUGACAAGUUGCUGAUUUAUGGGCAUGUGCUUAGCGAAAUCAGAAAGCCGAUCAGAGUAGUAGAGAAGAAUGGGCGGCGCAACAAAGAGCUAGAACAUGAGAAGCGGCCAAUAGGCGAGACAACACCCACUUUUUGAGCUGGAAUUUCUGCCAAUG